AUGGCUCAUGCCCGAGGCACCACAUCCCGAAAGCAGGAACGGUUCCGCCGCGGUGGUUUCCCCAAGUGCGGAGGAGCCCGGGAAAAAAGACGGGCAGCCCGCCCGGCCGUCGCCAUCGGACUUGCUCCUUCGUGUUCCUACCACCAACAGCGACAUCAGCGAGCCGAACUUUGCGCAACCGCUUUGCGCCCGGCCAGAUCAAAGCGAUCGAUGACGGAGAACGGCGCCGCGCAGACGGGCACAGCCCCGGAUGAACAGCCGCGUAAUGGUACAAUGGAGAAUGUCAAAUUGAAUAUGGCGGAAGGCGACUCGUCCAGAAUGGAGUCGGGCUCAAAGAAUACUGCCUCACCACCGGUGAAAGCUGACAAUAGCGGCGCGGGGACUCACUCCAGCCCCAAAAAGCGUCGCAAAGUUAAUCAUGGUCACUUGUGUCAUGACGAACCCAGGGAGCCUUCAAAGCGGGCGCGGAGCGAACACGAGCAUUCAACUGCUGAAGAGGAGGGUCAUUCGAACAAUGAGUUUUCAAAUGUUCAAAGCAUGCCUCGAAACGUUGAUGUUCAAGAUUCUGCCGGCCAGCAAAUCCUUGCCGAUGGAACUAUCGCCCUUCCCCCUUCCUCUGUCAGUGCUGUGCAGCAUAACAACAUCCCCUCCUCCUCUGCGCAAACCAGCAUAGGCCCCAACUCCCAACAGCUGCUGGGCUACAACGACUGGCUCGGAGGACAAAGCCAAUUCCAAGAUAUGCACACUUUCCACCCAUCGUACAUGUUCAAUGCCCCAGAAGUCACAAACGAAUACAACCUCCUGGGAGACUUUCUCAGCAGCAGCCUUCUAGAUGACGGGGGAAUCUUCCCAAAUGAUAAUUUACAAGGGAUGUACUCCGAUCCAACGUUGAUCAAUUCAAUGGCCAAUCUGGAUAAUACGGCCUUACUGCAGCAAGUUCAGCCCCCUCAGCCAACGCAGAGUCAACCGCCUCAGAACGAUUCCGUCCAAGGUCCAAGCUCCACGGUGGUGAACGAUAAGGCUAGAGAGACUUAUUACAUGACUGCGGCGGACCCUUCAGGUUCAGACCCGCCUGAAGAGCGGAUGAACAAGCUUCUCAAAGCGAAAUACGAUGCGGGUCUUCUGAAACCUUUUAACUAUGUGAAAGGCUACGCUCGCUUGAACCAAUACAUGGAAAAGAACAUGAAGCAGUCAUCUCGCCAGAAGAUUCUGCGUCAGUUGGACAAAUUCCGACCUAAAUUCAGGGAGAGAAUGCAAAGCCUGACCGAUAUCGAACUCAUUCUCGUGGAGAUGUGGUUCGAACGAAGUCUGAUGGAAUAUGACCGUGUCUUUGCCAGUAUGGCGAUUCCCGCCUGCUGCUGGAGGCGAACGGGGGAGAUCUUCCGCGGAAACAAGGAGAUGGCAGAACUUAUUGGCGUGCCAAUAGAGAGUCUGCGAGAUGGCAAGCUGGCAAUCCACGAGAUCAUUGUUGAGGAUCAGCUCGUGAGCUACUGGGAGAAAUUUGGCGCUAUUGCGUUCGACAACACUCAAAAGGCGAUGCUCACAAGCUGCACACUGAAGAAUCCAAAUUCGAAUAAUCCUGGGAAUGGGAUUCAGUGUUGCUUCUCUUUCACAAUUCGGAGGGACAAUCAUAAUAUUCCUUCGCUCAUAAUUGGCAACUUUCUACCGUCACAACGAAGAAGCAAAUAA